GAGAUUGGAGGGGUGGGGCCGCGGUCACUCGGUGCGAGCUCUGUGAGGCCGGGCUGGGCACGAGUCGGGCCCUUUAAGGGCCGCUCCCGAGGAGGUGCCAAGCCCUAGUGACUCCAAUCUCUUCUUCCUGGUCCUGCGAAGGCAGGGACUGAUCGUAGGGCUGUGGGAGGGGUCGCGCCGGGCUCUUGUCCAGGUGACUCGGGCCUGGCCGUAUGGCUCUGGUCACAGUGAAUCGCUCGCCGCCGGCUAGUGGCCACUCCACGCCUGUGGAAUCCACGCAGGACCGAGUAGUCAGGCGCCGAAGCCGGCUCCAGCGCAGGCAGAGUUUUGCAGUGCUCCGAGGAGCUGUCCUGGGACUUCAGGAUGGAGGAGAUGGUGAUGAUGCAGCUGAGGCUGACUCUGAGGCAGUGGAGGACCCCUUGGGUGAGAAGCAGCCCCCUGAGGACCAGACCGACAACAACGGGCAAGAAUUCCAGAGUCCCUGGAAGCAAGUACAGAGGCAGCACCUGCACCUCAUGGUGGAGCUGCUGAGGCCACAGGAUGACAUCCGCCUGGCAGCCCAGCUGGAAGCAGCCCGGCCCCCACGACUCCGUUACCUGCUGGUAGUGUCCACAGGAGAGUGUCUGAGUCAGGAGACCAUCCUUCUGGGGGUGGACUUUCCUGACAGCAGCUCCCACAGUUGCACCCUGGGCCUGGUCUUGCCCCUCUGGAGUGAUGCCCAGGUGUACCUGGACGGCGAUGGGGGCUUCAGUGUGACUUCUGGUGGUCAGAGCCGAAUCUUCAAGCCAGUCUCCAUCCAGACCAUGUGGGCCACGCUGCAGGUAUUGCACCAGGCAUGUGAGGCGGCUCUAGGCAGCAGCCUUGUGCCUGGUGGCAGUGCCCUUGUCUGGGCCAUGCACUACCAGGAGAAACUGAACUCUGACCAGGGUUGCCUCAAUGAGUGGAUGGCCAUGUCUGACCUGGAGUCCCUCCGACCACCUAUUGCUGAGCCUGGACAGGCCUCGGAGCAAGAGCAGAUGGAACAGGCGAUCCUGGCUGAGUUAUGGCAGGUGUUGGAUACCAGUGACCUAGAGAGUGUUACUUCCAAAGAGAUCCGCCAGGCCCUGGAGCUGCGUCUGGGAUGCCCUCUUCAGCAGUACCGUGACUUUAUUGACAACCAGAUGUUGCUGCUCAUGGCCCAGCAAGACCGGGCCUCCCGCAUCUUCCCCCACCUCUACUUGGGCUCCGAGUGGAAUGCUGCCAAUCUGGAGGAACUUCAGAGAAACAGGGUUAGCCACAUCCUGAACAUGGCCCGGGAGAUUGACAACUUCUUCCCUGAGCGCUUCACCUAUCACAACGUGCGUGUCUGGGAUGAGGAAUCAGCACAGCUGCUGCCCCACUGGAAGGGGACACACCGCUUCAUUGAGCAUGCCAGAGCACAGGGCACUCGAGUGCUCGUCCACUGUAAGAUGGGUGUCAGCCGCUCUGCUGCCACAGUGCUGGCCUACGCCAUGAAACAGUAUGGCUGGAGCCUGGAGCAAGCCCUGAUCCAUGUGCAGGAGCUCCGGCCCAUCGUGCGCCCCAACCCUGGCUUCCUGCGCCAGCUACAGACCUACCAGGGCAUUCUGACUGCCAGCCGGCAGAGCCACGUCUGGGAGCAGAAAGUGGGUGUGGUCUCCCCAGAGGAGCCCCUGGCACCUGAAGUUUCUACACCAUUGCCACCUCUUCCACCAGAACCAGGAGGCAGUGGGGAGGUGACGGUUAUAGGUUCUGAGGAAAGCCAGGAAGUCCCCAAAGAAGAGCUUGGGCUGAGGCCCCGCAUCAACCUCCGAGGAGUUAUGCGCUCCAUCAGUCUCCUGGAGCCAGAGAGUACCCCGGAGGCUGGAGAGCUGCCAGAGGUCUUCUCUUCCCAUGAGUCUUCAGAUAAAGAGCCUCUUCAUCCCUUCCCUCAGCGUUCAGCAGCCAAAGGCGGUCGGCGGGUCCACAGGGGGCCUUGGCCUGCCCUGAAGUCUCGCCAGUCGGUGGUUGCCCUUCAUAGUGCUGCCCUGGUGGCCAGCAGGACCCGGGCCUUCCAGGAGCAGGGGCAAGGGCAAGAGCAGGGGGAGGCUGGUAUGCCUUCUACACCUAGGCUCCGGAAAGUGGUGAGGCAGGCCAGUGUAGAUGACAGCAGAGAGGAGGGUGGGGCCUAAGCCUUUCUACCCUGUCCCCUAGACACUCUUCAGAUAAGCGAGUGCCUUUGCACCUCUGGGCUUGCAUACUCCUAUAGCCAGCAGUCCCUAGACCUUUGUCACUUCCUGCAUCCUGAGGUCUCAGGUAGUUCAUGUCUACUUGUCAAGGGCUCAAGACAUUUUCUACACAGGGUGCAUGGGUAGAACCAUUCACAGUGCCUUUAAGGGGAAUGACACCCUAGUUUCAUUUUCCACUCUCUCCCUAACACUUUAUGGAAUCAAACCCAGAAAUUGUCAGGGCAGGUUUUCUGUUCCAUGUCCCCCUCGCCCUCAACUUUUGGCCAUUCUGUCUCGCUCCUCCCACCUCUCCUACUACAGUCCUAUGGGCAGCUAGGCCAAGGUGCCAGGGGCCACAAGGGUAGAUAGCACUUUCAGUCCCCAGCCCUACAGGCUCUGAGGGGGCUCAGAGCCCGCCCCUCACACAGCUGACCAGAAUCUCUGCUGCUGCUGGGUUCUCCCAUGGCCCUCACUGGGUCACGGGGCACCAGGCUAAACGAGUCUUCUUGUUUUUGAAGGUCUCUGACCAGUCAUAUAAUAUUCAUAGUCAUAUAAUAUCUGGCUUUGUACUGAGAAAUAAAAGACAUUUUCAUAUUAA